AUGGCCACCGAACAUAUCGCGCCCCCUCCCCCUCCGGCGCCGGCGCAACCGGUCCAAUCGCCGGCCCUCUCGCGCCCGGGCCAUCGUAACUCGUUAAAUGCGCCGCCGCCUCCACCUCAACCGUCGGUCCUUGCACCUCCUCCGGGCCCCGGUCCCGGCCUCAGCCACAGUCCGGCCGCCGGUACCGGACCCGGCUCCGUCGCAGCUUCCGUAGCUGCACCUCAGCAACCACCUCAUCCUCACAGUCACGCACAUCCUCACCCUCAUAUACACGCCCAUCCUCAUCCAUCUGCGCCACCACCUUCUGUGCCCUAUGACCCGUCUCUGGAUCCUGCUAUCAAGCACUUACUCGACCAACAAGCCGAGAUUCAGGCCAAGCUGGCCGCUCUUCUUCCUCAGAAAUAUGGACCCAAUAUCAAGGUCGAGCUCGACAUGUUGCGCCAUAAGUACCGUGUUCUGCGCGCAUAUGCCGACAACGAGAAUCUGUCGUCUGACAAGAUUCCCGUCUUGUCUGACAUCGAGGAAGCGAGAUCACUUCAGUAUCAGUGCGAAUGUAUUGAGAGUGCAUGUCUCGAGCACGGUAGGUCACCACCGUCCCGCCUGUCUUGUCUUGAAUCUGUUCUAAACUCACCUGUGUUGCCAUUAGGCGUCGAUCUCGGUGACCCCAGGUUUGUCGACAUGCUCAAGUACGCUUUUUAUCGCGACCAAGCACCGGAAGGGUAUGCCGUUUGGCUAGACAGAAAUCUGUCUCAUUACGAUCCCGUCUGCAAAGCCGUCCGGUUGCGUGACAGCUUGCCGCUGGCGUCCCGUCAACAUCACUCCUACAAGUGCUGGGACGAGCGUUGCACACACUACAUCUAUGGAUACCCUCAUCCUGAUGACCGGGACCAGCAUGUUAAGGAGCACGCGGCCGUGUACAAAAGGGACUCAGGUCUCUCCUUCGGUGGCACCCCGCCCAUGAUUUUCCCCGAGCCGUCGAGUGCAAGCUAUAAUGGCGAAUAUCACAAACCGCCCUCUUCGUAUCACCACCUGCCUCGUCCACACUCGGACCUUCAGCUCGCUCCCCUGGCCACAAGUAGCCAGCCAAAGGAUCACCGAGAAGUCCUCAAGAGCUAUUCUUUUGUCCCGGAGAAACCUCCUGGACCUCCUAGGGGGUCGGUCGACUCCGAGGUUGACCCAUUACUUCCGCCCCUGAAGCGUAGCCGAGUAGGCCAGCCACGGCUGGAGUCCAUAGGAGAACUCCGGCUUCCAAGGGAAAACGGGCUUUGUUUACGGUGUAGAACAAUGAAGAAGAGCGUGACCUAUCUGUCACCCAGACAGAUGCAGACACCCAUGACAUCUCCACUUGCUGUUCGCCGCAGCAUGAACGAAUUCUUGGACAGAGGUUAUGCCAUUGGCCAAGAUGUUGCGAACAUGGUAAUGGCUCAUCUGGAUUUCAAUGAUCGCUUUUGGUGGACAGACGACCUUUCGAACCUGCCGCUCGCCAAUCCAACCCUCGCUUCGUUCUCACAGGAACCUGUUGAACGGCCACCCCCCAUUCUAAAGGUCCUUGCCUCCAGUUGGAAUCUGAAUGGGACCAUGUACAACUUUUGGAGGCUACUGCACUUGAGCGGGUCGAUCUCCGACGGGCGUAUGCAGGAAAUGACGACCUAUCCUAUCUUAUAUCGAGCUAAGCUUUUGCUUCGAGAAACGCUAUUCUACGACUUUCAGCAGCCGGAACCCGCCAUCCAUGGAGAGUCGACGAGUCCCGGAAGUCACAUGGUCUUCGACGAUGUAGACACGUGCGGCCGCUUCCGUGUGCUGUACAACUCCAUGACACAGUUUCUUCAGGCGUUUGAAGCCCAGACGAUGCGGCCUACACUACCGGAUCCUCGGAGCUGGCUCGCUACCUUCUACUCACUAUGCAUAUUCAGUGUAGUGAGAACUUUGUUGGUGGACCGAAUGGCGCAGUCACGGAUAACUUCUCCCUCGCAGCAAGGCGUGCCUGCGAUGCACGCCGUAUACAAAGCGCUAGUGAGCGUAUUUGCUUGGUCCGCGCCCAUGCUGCUUGACGGGUCCGAUAUCGAGAUGAGCCAUGGCGAUCGCGAGCUUUUAGCUUCCGCAGCCACUGUCUUGGAAAGGGGCACGUGGACUGAACGGGGUAUCUCAACCACCAAGGAUUUUUUGAUGUAUCUUGGUAGUGGGGAGAUAGAAGGUCCCUAUUUCAACGGGUUCCUGAAGCAGAGGUCACCAGCAAAGCCUGGGUCCUUCCUUCUGCCCCCUAUUACAAGACCGGGGGAAGAUGUCAGAAAGCCAUUGCCAGAUACACGAUCUCUUGCUAAUCCAUGGCAUUCCAUGACAUCAAGUCAACCAGAGAAGGAGCCCUUUUCCUACAAUAUUUUCAAAGGAGAACCAGAUCGGAUCCCAACUUCUCCUCAGGUGAUGGAGGCAGGAAGACGCCAUACUGUUGCCGAAAGCCCAACAUAUGUGAGGCCAGGUGGCCGAGGCCCAACGUCACCCAUUGCUGCUGCAAGAAUCAGAUCCUCGUACCAGCGGCCACCGCUCCGAAGAGUGUACUGUACGAAGUGCAAUGAAUACCCAGAGGGGUUCAGAGGCGAACAUGAACUUCGAAGGCACAAUGAUGCGAACACGCUGCCUUGGUUAAGAGGAUGGGUAUGCACGGAACCGCAUGAGCCAGGCUCCCCGUUACCCGUCGUUCCACUGGCAAAGUGCAAGGCAUGCGUAAUGCAAAAGCGAUAUGGAGCCUACUAUAAUGCCGCUGCACAUCUGAGGAGAGCGCAUUUCAACCCUCACCGUGGGGGCAAAGCAAGCGGAGACUGGCCGCCCAUGGCGAUUCUUAAGGACUGGAUGCGUGAGGUUCGGCAAUCCAUUGAUAUCCAGGAUCAGGAUGACGGCUCAAGUGGUGAGGAUGAGACACAAGACUUCAAGUCGAUGCAUGACUUUAUGUCACCGACUGAGCAACAUGCUCCAGUGCUGGAGGCACCGCGUCUUGCCCCAGCUCCUCCACCACCUCCUCCACAACAACCACAUCAAGGUCCGCCGUUACUGAUGCCUUUUCUCGACAGGCUGGGUGCUGCUGGACCGCCCCAACUCAUAAUGCAAGGCGGUCAGGGAGUAUUCCUUGCUCCCAACACGGGGUCGAAAGGUGAUGAUAUGCCGUUUGCCUGGGCCGGGACGGCAUAUGAGAAGGCUUUCAACCGGGCCGAUGUGUUCAAACGCCAUUUGACCGCCGUACACAAUGUCGAACAGACACCACCCAAUAGCCGGAAGUUGAUACUGACCACCGGGGGACGGUCCGGUGGUGUAGGGGCCAGAUGCAGCAUCUGCCAAAGUCAGUUUGCCACUGCGCAGGAGUUCUACGAGCAUUUGGAUGACUGCGUCUUGAAUGUUAUCGUCCCCUCGACUCCAAGGACGGCGGGCAGCAGCAGUGCCACCACCAGGAAGGACUCUUUGCCCACAAAGACGCCAACGACCGCAAGCACUGACAAAGGGAAGGAGCUGGAUAUUGAGUUUGAGAUGCACCGGCGCCGAGAGUCCACACACGCGUUGCCGCCGCCGCCGCCUAUCCAAACAUUCCAACGGGAUGAUCCAGAGCCAGAGCCUAUGAAACAGCAAGGCCUCAGCGCCAGGGACGCACAGAAUCUCAAGUUAGUUGCUGACUCUGUGCUGGAGAACGAAGCAAUGCUUGCCAGUAUUGGCAGAAGCGGGGCUGAGCAAGAAAGUGCUGGACCUGAAAGUCAGCCGUCUCUUACGCAGCCAUCGGCCGAGACAUAUCUCCCCCAUCCUCCGUCAUAUUUACCUGGACCGGCAUCUGAGCCAGAGCCAGCAUCCGAAACCCAGAUUGCCCAUAUGAAGGUUCCAGAAGAACGGAUGAGGAUAGACAUGGAAAUGGUCGAGGCUGGCGACAAGCCAUCCAAGGAGCAGCAGUCAAGUGGGGCGCCAUCUGCUGCCGCAAGCUACGCGGAAGUGAUGAGGUUGCGUCGCAGCCCAGAUGUUGCGCUAGGCUCACCGGCGCCAACGGAUAAGAUGGACACCGACUGA